AUGAGCGCAAAUGCAUACAUGGAGCCAACCAGCUACCCAGCGCACUAUGGUGCCAUGCCCGAUCGAUCUGCGCCGCCCGUCUUUGCAGCAGAGUCUCAUGAGCCUCGCGCACCGCGUCCCUUCGAGGCGACCCACACGUCCACCGAUCCAUACAGCACGGCAGCGGUGCCGGCUCAUCCGCAGCAGAGCGCCAUGACCGACGGUCACUCGCCCAUGUCGAGUUACCGUGGAAGCUUCUCCCAUGCCUCAUCCAUGGGCUUGCCGCACCACCGACAGGACUCGAUUUCAUCCUUCUCCUCGCCUCACGACCUCGCUGGUGGCUGGGCACCUUCUUCUCCCGGUCUCACCGCAAGCCGACACGCCUCGGUCUAUUCGCUCAACGGCCAGUUCGAUCAGGUCGGCCUUGGUAGCAGCAUCGACAGUGGCUCCACUGGCGGUCACUUCUACGACCAAUCGCCUCCUCUGCACGCUCAGCUUCGAUACGCCCAGGGUCAGGCCGCAGACGCACGCCGCUUUUCGCUCGACGAGCGUGCCAUCCGCACACAACCUCAGCUUGGCAAGUCUGGUCUUGUCUCUGCUGACUACCAGCUGCCCGGCUCUUCCGCUCGUCACUGGCCUUGGGGUGCCAGCAAUUCUUCCAAUACUCACGGUCGCCACGCUUCCGUCUCGGCAGCCCCACCACAAGGCUACGAUCACAGUCGAAUCGCUUACGCUGCCAACACGGCCAUGCAGCCUAGUUACGGCUACGAUGCCAACGCCCUGUCUGCCAUGUCGCCCCAGCGAUACCGUUCAAUGAGUAGCUCAGCCGCAAGCGGUCGUGCUUAUGGCAACCCUUACAGUGCUCCUGGCACUGCCGCCCAUACAGUUGCUGCUAUCGGUUACGGUAUGGCUCCUCACCUUGGCCCCGGUAUGAUGCUUGAGGGUGACAUCCCUGGCGGUCCCGGUCCCGCCCGCAGGGCCAAAUUCAGGCGUAGCCGAACUGGUUGCCUUGUCUGCCGAAAGAGGAAGGUCAAGUGCAGUCAGGACGGCACUCCUUGCAAGCAGUGCCGUAUCGGCAAGCGUGACUGCCACUAUGACGAAAACCCGCAAAAGAAGAAGAGCAACAAAAAGGAGCGAUCCACUGGCUCUAUCGAUGCUAGCAGCAGCGAGAAGGGUUCCAAUGGCACUGCUCCCGCUCUGGCUCACAUGGACUCGGAUCCUCAGACCAACGAUCACAUGAACUCGACCGAUCCUUACUACGCUACCAUGGGCGCUCUCGAUCACCGCACAGAAUCAAACGGCAGCAGCGGUGGUGUCACUUUCUCGAUGCCGUUCCAGUCCCAGGCUGCGCCUGUCACCGCUCACUCGUCGACCACGGACAGCACAUGGUCCAACCCAUCACCUUUCGCACCUGGUCCGCACGCCGAGAGCCACCCAGAGACCGACCAGCUCGCUGCCACACACUCGGAUGGCUAUGGCUGGCCCAGCAAGCAGGAGCACGACACUACCCAGGCGGCUCCCUACACUGAUCCCUCCGUUGACCGCAACGCCGCCUACUGGAGUCAGCACCCCACUUCCUACCCGCCUCGCGCUAACAAGCUCGAGGUGUCUGAAUCGUAA